AGUGCUUGCAAAUCAGCGUCCAUUAGUCGCUGUUGAUCAGCAUGGCGUGAGAAUAUUCAACUGUGAUACUUGCGAAGAAACAUUUCCCAAACCUAUGAAACUUUUAACUCACAUGGAAGGACACCAUGGAUCAAAUCCAUUUAGAUGUCUGGAGUGUUCAUUUCGCACAUGGUCUAUACCAUACUGGACUGAGCAUAGGAUGACUCAUAGAAACCAAGCCAAUUUUCAGUGCAAUAUUUGUAAUGCUAAAUUAACAACCAACAGAAGCCUAGAUCUUCACAUGAACACACAUGAUAAAAAUAAAUUCUUCAUUUGUCAAAUAUGUGGCAAAAAACUGAAAUCUUAUGAUAACCUGCGAUUUCAUGAAUUCUUACAUCAAAAAGAAAAACCACUUGCAUGCAAACUAUGUGGAAAAGCAUAUCAACAUAAGAAGAUGUUAAGAAUACAUAUGAAAACACAUACAAAGCCAUAUAUUUGUAAAUUCUGUGGGAAGAGCUUUGGAAAGUCAUAUAAUAUGAUGGUUCAUGAGAGACUCCAUACUGGCGAGAAGCCAUACAAGUGUGAACAUUGUGGUGGAAAAUAUGCACAAAUGAAUUCCUUGAUUGUUCAUUCCAAAAACUGCAACAAGAGGUUGAUCAAGUUGGAGUAAUAUUAUAAGACAAAAGUAGAGAUGUAUGGUGAAAAGUCAGCUUAUUUCUAGCAUUGCUUAAAUAAUAUACAUACAGUACAUUGCUUUAAAAAUGCUGAAAUUUGUAUUUUAGCUGUAGAUUAAUCUUAAAUUGCUGUGUAUUUUUCAGUAUUGGAAAUAAAUUUAAAGUAUUUUUCAUUUAUUCUUUACUUUGAAAAUAUGUGCAUACUUAUGAUGUCCUCAGUUUGGUGUAAUAUGGUUAUGUAGCAUGGUCUUUCUUUGAUGUAAUUUUGAAAUUCUUUGAAUUACUCAAAUACAGAAGUAUCAAAUGAGUUGAGAAACAAAGUUAGGUCAAAGGACAAUUUUAGGAUAUAUAUCAGGAAUAAGAUGUCCAGGC